UACGCUGCUAGCACCUGCCUUUUCUGGCUAAUCACAAUCGCGGCUGACGUUUCAAUCCGCAGCCAGCAGCCAGCAGCAGCAUCAUUUGUUUGGCGCUAAGCUGGACUGCUAAUGCCAGAUUACGGAGCUUAAUAGGCCUACUGCCGCCUACUCCCGCCUAGCUACUAGGCAGCACUCAUGGCAGGCAGCCGCCGCGUUCGGGAGAGUCCGCGUCCACCUCCGCCCCCGGCGUCGCGUGCUCUACCUAUAUACUCUGGAAUUAGUAGUCGCACCGCCGGAGAGCUGCAAGGAGCUAGCGAAGGCAGGGGACGGCAUCUGAUCGGAGGAGCAGAGGAGGGAAGCAGAGCACGCACGCGCACCGCAGCCAGCGAUGCCGCGCCGCAAGGUCGAGAACGCGCCGGCGCGAGCCAGGACGCACGCCAAGAAGACCAAGGGGCUCGAGAAGAUGGCGUUGGAGCUCGCCACGCUCUGCGGGGUCCCGGUCGGGCUCGUCUGCAGCGGUGCCGGCGCCGGAGCUCCGCCGCUCCAGUGGGAGUCGGAGGAGGGCGUGCUCGAGAGGUACCGCCGCGCCGUCCCGCCGGAGGCCCGCGCGGGGCACACGCACCGGGCCUACCUCGAGACGGAGCUGGCCAAGCGGAGGGCCAAGCUCGCCAGGGCGCGGCACGGCUGCCCCGCCGCGCUCGCGGACUGGGACGAGGCGCUCAACGACAUGACGCUGGACGACGCGCGGGAGCUGCUCGAUGCCAUCGACGAGGCGCUGCGGGCCACGGGGGACAGGAUGGAGGCGCUGGGCUUGCCUUCCGACCGCGGCCACGGCCACGGCGCGCUCGGUGAGCAGGUCGCGCCGGACUCUUCCGACGACAUCGUCAUGCCGCAUCUCCUCGGGCACGGUGGCGGCGUGACCUGGACCGGAGGCGACCCCGUUGGCAUGGCCGACGCCGCGGGCUUCCAGCUGCUGCAGAUGGUGCCGUAUCACGACGGGAACAACGACGGCCUACUCGAGCAAUUCCCACGGGAACAUGGCUUCCAGAUGCAACCAGGGUGCGGCGGCUUCCAAUGCGCCAGCGGCAACUACUCGGGCGGCGGCGACGAAGGGAUGCUCGCGCUGGGCCUCGGCAACGCUGGCUACAACUACUCGGGCGGCGGCGACAAGAUGCUCGCGCCGGGCUUCGGCAACGCUGGCUACAACUACUCGGCCGGCGGCGGCGACAAGAUGCUCGCGCCGGGCUUCGGCAACGCUGGCUACAACUACUCGGUCAGCGGCGGCGACAAGAUGCUCGCGCCGGGCUUCGACACAGCUGACUACAAGUGGCCCGGUCUGACCAUGUGGCAUACCGACGAGGUGUGCGAGGCAGCCAUGCCACCUGGGUACUACCCUGGCUUCGCUGACGGCACUCUGGCGCCUGAGCACUGCUCCGCCGAGGUCGGCACCGGCGGCGACUACGUGAACACGCUACCAUCUGGGUACGGCUACCCCAUGGGCAUGGGCGACAACUUCACCAAUCUGGAGAGCAACUACACGGCGGCGCAUUGGCAGGCCGAGGCGUUCCAGCGCUCCGACACCAGCACCAGCACCGGCACCGGCACCGGCAAGCUGCUGUCAGCUGCAUCAUCGCCUCGUUAUCUCUUCUGAACAUCUUAGGUCUCAGCAAUCGAAGUAGUUUUGCGGUUUUUUGCAUAUUUCAUCUGUGCAUCAGGGCCUAUGAUUUUGUACGGAAUUCGAAACCUCAUAUACAAUCUGUUACUAUGUGAGAAUUUUCGCGAAAA